AUGGGCGAGUGGGAGGACGGCGAAUGGGUGUGGAAUCUGGAGUGGAAACGGCCGCUAAGAGAAAGAGAAGAGACUUUCAAUCAUAACCUCGCCAUGACUAUCAAUAACAUCAGACCGGAGGCAGGCAAAAUGGAUGGGUGGAGAUGGAAAUCCACCCCUUACGGAUGUUUCACAGUAAAUUCAGCCUAUAAAGAACUGAGCUCACAGUCUGGCCCUCCGGUGGACCUCGACGACAAACUGAUCUGGCAAAUGAUCUGGAAAGCUCCAACUCCUCCCAAAGUCAUAACCACAGCUUGGAAAGCACUUCGAGGAAGAUUGGCGACCUGCGAAAAUCUGAUGAAAAGACUUGUGAUCACGCAAAAUUCUGAGGCUAAGUGUGCUUUCUGCAAGACGGAGAUCGAAACUUCAGAGCACAUCUUUUUCUCCUGCUCAAAAACCGAAGAAAUCUGGAAGUUCUUACUGCUUUGGAUUGGUAAGCAGACAGCACUCAGCAUCAAGAUGAAAGACCAUUUUCUUGCCUUCAUCAACCUUGGGAGCAAAGAAGAUUUGCGUUUUCUUCUUGGAAGCUGGAUGUGCACGAUCUGGUGCAUAUGGAAAGGGCGGAAUGAAUGCAAAUUCAACAACGGCAUCUGGAAUAAAGAUAAAAUGACCGGUGAGAUCAAGACGAGAGUUUAG